AUGCUACAAUCACAAAUAAUGCUGAUCGCCAGAGGUAACACUCUCCAAUUCCGUUCGCUUGCGUCCUUCCAUACCAUACGGUCAUUACAAUACAGAAACUCCGCUAAACUGCUCCACAGUCACAAUUUAAACAACGAUGACUUCAAUGCUCAUGAUCAUGUUCAUCUACGUGAAUCAGAAACGGAAAAGAACGAUUCCAUUCAACUAGGGGUCCCACAAUCACAUACCCAUUCACACUCACACUCACAUGCCAACCCGCUGCUAAAACUAAACCUCGAACAAGUAAAACAUAAUCCAGGUGUAAGAAUAACUUGGAUAGGUCUCGGGAUAAACGUCGCCAUUGCCGCGGGCAAGUUCGUCGGUGGUAUAGUAUUCCAUUCCCAGGCACUGUUUGCAGAUUCCAUUCAUGCCCUAAGUGACUUGAUAUCAGAUGUAUUAACAUUAUUCUCUGUCAAAUUAGCUACUUCCACACCGUCUAAGGAAUACCCCUACGGUCACGGUAAAGUGGAAACGGUGGGUUCAUUAGCUGUUUCCACUAUUUUGGCCAUGGCGGGAAUAUCCAUCGGAUGGACCUCCCUAUGCACCAUUGUCGGCCCCAUCAUUCCUCAUAUAAUAAUGGAUACAUUCGCUAAUAUAAUGGGUACUCACGGACAUUCUCAUAGUGUGGUCCCUGAAGGUGUAGCAGACAUUAAUGCCGCAUGGAUCGCUGGUGGCUCCAUCGUCGUCAAAGAAUGGAUCUUCCAUGCAACAAAGAAGAUCGCCAUACAGACCAAUUCUAACGUGCUAAUGGCAAAUGCUUGGCAUCAUAGAGUGGAUUCACUGACCUCUUUGGUCGCUCUCGUGGCUAUCACUUCAGGGUAUUUCUUCAAUGUACAAUCGCUGGAUGCCAUUGGUGGGUUGAUUGUUUCGGGAUUGGUUAUUAAGGCUGGUGGUGAGGGGAUGAUUGGUGCCAUGAAGGAAUUGAUUGAUCAAUCUAUCCCCAUGACGGAUCCCCGUUAUGUAGAAGUGGAAACUGCAGUGAGGAAAGGAUUGGAGAAUCUAGUUUCUAAUAAUAAUUCCAAGAAAAAGUAUGCCAUUAAGGAUUUGACUUUAUUGUCCUCUGGUAGAAACGUAAGAGUCGUUAUGACGUUGUUGGUACCCAUUCAAAGAUGGGAUAACGUCUUGGGAAUUCAUGAAUUUGAAAAUGUCUCUAACCAUGUGAAGAAUGUGUUAUACAAGAAUGUGGAAAAUGUGGGGAAAAUCGAUAUUGAAUUCGUUGAGGAAAAGGAACACACCUCUCCUCAUUAUACAGGUGUUGAUGAGACACUUCAUACUCAUAAACACUAG